CACCGUACUAAAUUUCAUAUCAUUUUUGUCAAAAAAGUGACAUGGAUCCACACACACACCCAUCUAGUUGCAUGAAAUCCACCACCGCCACCACCUCACAUCUUCAAACCCCUUUGUGUAUACAUACAAUGCCCACCACAAAUUUAUCAAGCACUUGGACUUCUCUUUUCUCUUCCCUUCCUGUACCCUCUCUUCUAAUGGCUCAGCAGAAGGUGGUUUUAAAGGUCUUGACCAUGACUGAUGAUAAGACAAAGAAGAAAGCAAUAGAAGCCGCUGCUGAUAUUUUUGGAGUUGAUUCCAUAGCAGUGGAUCUCAAAGAUCAGAAGCUAACAGUGAUAGGUCUGAUGGAUACAGUGGCGGUGGUGAAAAAGCUGAAGAAAGUAGGGGAUGUAGCUCACAAAUAUGAAGUUCUCAAUCAGAUGUCACGCUCAUACAACUGGAACAUGGCCGAAGGUUAUCAUGGGAUAGUCGCACAGAGGCACAGUGAACAAAUAGCAGAAUAG